AUGUCUUCUUCCGUUUUCUUCAGGUUCAAAAACCAGAAGGAUGUGCAGAGAGUGACCUUUGAUGGCACUGGUAUCUCUGUCUUUGAGCUCAAGCGAGACAUAAUCAACAUGAGCAGACUCGGCGAUGGCACUGACUUCGACUUUAACAUCUACAACCUCGACACUAAUGAAGAAUACAACGAUGACACAUCUAUCAUCUCCCGUGGCACGACUGUUCUCGCCAGACGCCUUCCUGCUACCAAGCCCGGUGCUGGUAGAGCUGCACGUUACGUCUCCGGCAAAAUGCCCGUCAUGGCAAAGAAUCAACACCGUAUCGAAUCCUCCAAACCCGCCGCCGCAUCCGGAACACCUAUGGGCAAUGGCGCCCCUCAAGACUUGAACCCGAAUAUGACUGAAGAAGAGAAGAUUGCAGCCAUGUUUCAGGCAGGAGGUGCUCAGUGGGAGCAGCAACAGCAAGAGAUGGCCAACCAAAAGGCUGUCCACCGUACUGGCGGCUUCCAAAAGACAGCAAAUGUUCCAGACAAGCCUCUUCCUCCAGGUUACACCUGCCAUCGCUGUGGUGAGAAGGGUCACUGGAUUCAAGCAUGUCCCACCAACAAUGACCCUAACUUCGACGGUCGCCCCAAGUUUAGACGUACUACCGGUAUUCCACGCUCCUUCCUCAAGGUCGUCGAAAAGCCUACCGCAUUAUCAAGCGAUGGAACGAUCGAUGUUUCACAGUUGCCUGCUGGUGUCAUGUACACUGCCACCGGAGAAUGGGUCGUUGCUAAGCCGGAUGAGGCUGCAUGGGAGAAGUUCCAGGCCAAGGCCAAAGCAGCAGCUGAUAAGGCCGAAGCUGCCAACACAGACAGCCAAGAAUUGAGCGAGAGAGGCUUGGAAUGUCCUAUUGACAAACGCAUGUUCGUCGAUCCAAUGAAAACUCCUUGCUGUGGGAAGACCUAUUGCCGUGACUGUAUCGAGAAUGCUCUUCUUGAAAAUGACUUUGUCUGCCCUGGUUGCUCCUCAGACAACACACUAGUUGACAAUCUCAUCCCCGACGAAGAGGCCGUAGACAAGAUCAAGGCCUAUCAAGAGGAGAAGGCGAAGAUGAAGCUUGAGAAGGAAAAGGAGAAGUCUGCUACCCCACCACCAUCAACAACAACAACUGAGCAACAGCCCACCAACGAAUCCGACACAUCCGAUAGAAAGUCAGACUCGCCAAAGCCAGCCUCAGUAAAUGGAGAGAAAUCCGCUACAUCUACCCCACAAACAAGUGCUGCUACCGAAUCGAAGAAGCGUCCUGCCGAGGAGGAAUUGGACAAUACUAGAAUCCCUACUGGUCCUGCAGCUAUGCGCAAGCAGAACAACGCAUCUCAGCCACCAGCACAGGGCGGUGCAUUUGACCAGAACAACUUCAUCCAGUCCAUGAACGCUCUCGCCAACCAACAAGGAGGUAUGCCAGGAAUGGGCGGCUUCAACCCAGCCAUGGGUAUGGGCUUCCCUGGUAUGAUGGGUAUGCCGCCGAUGAACAUGAUGGGUAUGCCUAACCAGAUGAUGAUGAACGGGGGAUGGGGAGGCAUGAACUUCAUGAACGGCAUGAACUUCAUGAACGGCAUGAACGGAAUGAAUGGCAUGAAUGGUAUGAACGGCAUGGGAUUCCCACAACAGCAACAACGCGGAGGAAACAUGUAUGGAGCAGAAGGCGAUGACGGUGCAUACAUCCGGCGCCCUGUCAACCCACAUCGUCACCAAGCUCGCAACCGCAGACAGCGCUCGGUCGACUACCGCGAAAUGUGA